AUGUCUUACGUUUGCAACUCUGGGAACUUCUCCUCCCAGUCCUUCGGAGGUUUCCUGAGGCAGCCAGUCUCCAGCUACAACUCCUUCUACCCCAGCAGCAAUGCUGUCUAUUCUCCAAAGAACUUCCAGCUAGGCUCCUCUUUCUACAAUGGACAGCAGGAGACCUUCGAUGAGCCCCUGGAGUGUCACUCACCAUGCUUCGGGACCAGAUCCUUCCAGGCAUCCUGCUUCCGGCCCAAGCAGUACUUUUCCAGGCCCUGCCAUGGAGGCUUUACUGGAUCUUUUGGAUAUGGCAACUCGGGUUUUGGAUCUUUCGGGUAUGGGAGCUCUGGCAUUCACUCUCAGGGCUGUGGGUCCAGCUUCUACCGCCCAGGUUACUUUUCUUCCAAGAGUAUCCAGUCAUCCUAUUACCAGCCAGGCUUUAGCUCUCGCUUUUGUGGGUCUGGUUUCUGA